GAGUUCUCCACAAGCCACAAAACAUUUCAUUAUCGAAUUUUCCAAAGCAAGAAAGCAAAGAUGUUUUCCGGGGUAACAGGACUGAUUAACAGGGGGCAGAAGCUGAAGGGGACGGUGGUGUUGAUGAGAAAGAAUGUGUUGGACAUCAAUGAACUCACUUCUGCACAGAGUGCUAGUGGCAUCAUUGGUGGUGCUAUAGGCGUGAUUGGUGGUGCUAUAGGCACCACAGUUGAUACCCUCACUGCUUUCUUGGGUCGAUCUGUGGCACUUAAGUUGAUCAGUGCCACCAGUGCUGAUGCAAGUGGAAAAGGGAAAGUGGGAAAGCAAACGUUCCUAGAAGGUGUUAUUACUUCACUGCCAACGUUGGGAGCAGGGCAAUCUGCAUUCGAUAUCCAUUUCGAAUGGGACACUGACAUGGGAGUACCAGGAGCAUUCUAUAUUGAGAACUUCAUGCAAGUUGAGUUCUACCUUGUCAGUUUGACUCUUGAAGAUGUUCCCAACCAGGGCACCAUCCAUUUCCCUUGCAAUUCCUGGGUCUAUAACUCUAAACUCUACAAAUCUGAUCGCAUUUUCUUUUCUAACAAGACAUAUCUUCCGGGUGAUAUGCCAGCUCCACUAAAGAAGUACAGAGAAGAGGAAUUGGUGGUUUUAAGAGGAGAUGGCACAGGAGAGCGCAAAGAACAUGAAAGAAUCUAUGACUAUGAUGUCUACAAUGAUUUGGGUAAUCCGGACAGUAAUGCCAGAUUGGCUCGUCCAGUUCUUGGAGGAAACACCACCUUUCCUUACCCACGAAGGGGAAGAACUGGCAGAAAACCAACCAAGACAGAUCCCAAGAGUGAGAGUCGGAGCGACAGUGUUUACCUUCCAAGAGAUGAAGCAUUUGGUCACUUGAAAUCUUCAGAUUUUCUUGUUUACAUACUGAAAUCUGCAUCUCAAAAUGUGAUACCUCAAUUGCAAUCUGCACUUCCAUUAGUUGGAAAGACUGAAUUUGACAGUUUUGAAGAUGUGCGUGACCUUUAUGAAGGUGGAAUUAAGUUGCCUACUAAUAUUCUCAGUGAUCUUAGCCCCAUCCCAUUGUUCAAGGAGCUCUUUAGAACUGAUGGGGAACAGGCCCUUAAAUUUCCAGUACCUAAAAUUAUUCAAGUUGAUAAAUCUGCAUGGAUGACCGAUGAAGAAUUUGCUAGAGAGAUGAUUGCCGGACUCAAUCCACACGUUAUUAAAGUUCUUAAGGAAUUUCCCCCGCAAAGCAAGCUAGAUAAGCAACUCUAUGGUGAUAAUACCAGUACAAUCACCAAACAACACGUGGAGUCAAGCUUGGGUGGGGUGACCGUAGAGCAGGCGAUCAGCAACAAGAAAUUGUUCAUAUUGGACCACCAUGACCCACUCUUCCCCUAUUUGAGUAAAAUUAACAAAACCACCACAAAGGCCUAUGCUACAAGAACCGUUCUUUUCUUGCAAAACGAUGGAACACUAAAGCCUGUGGCCAUUGAGCUAAGUAAGCCAAAUCCUCAAGGAGACAACUAUGGUCCUAUUAGCACUGUUUACACUCCAACAAAACAAGGCGUUGACGGUUCUAUUUGGCAACUCGCCAAGGCUUAUGUUGUUGUAAACGAUUCCUGCUUUCACCAACUUGUCAGCCAUUGGCUGAACACUCAUGCUGUGGUUGAGCCAUUCAUUAUUGCAACAAACAGACACCUCAGUGUGGUUCACCCAAUUCAUAAACUACUUCUCCCACAUUAUAGAGACACAAUGAACAUAAAUGCACUGGCACGUAAUGUCCUUGUUAAUGCAGAGGGUAUCAUUGAAUCAACAUUCUUGUGGGGUGGGUAUUCUUUGGAAAUGUCUGCUGUUGUAUAUAAGGAUUGGGUUCUCACUGAGCAAGCACUACCUAAUGACCUUCUCAAGAGAGGAGUGGCAGUUGAAGAUUCAUCUUCCCCACACGGCGUUCGUCUUUUGAUUGAGGACUAUCCUUAUGCCGCUGAUGGACUAGAGAUAUGGGGUGCAAUCAAGUCAUGGGUUGAAGAAUACGUAGCUUUCUACUACAAGUCAGAUGCUGCAUUAGUUCAAGAUUCUGAACUCCAAGCAUUCUGGAAGGAACUCGUUGAGGUGGGUCACGGCGACAAGAAGAACGAAUCAUGGUGGCCAAAGAUGCAAACUCGUGCCGAGUUGGUUCAAACUUGCAGUACUCUCAUAUGGAUCGCCUCAGCUCUCCACGCAGCAGUUAAUUUCGGACAGUACCCCUAUGGCGGUUACAUUCUGAACCGUCCAACUCUUAGCAGGCAAUUCAUGCCGGAGAAAGGGUCGAAGGAGUACGACGAUCUGGCCAAGAACCCUGAGAAGGUUUUCUUGAACACAAUUACUGGGAAGAAAGAGACCCUGACUGACCUCACAAUCAUUGAGGUGCUGUCAAGGCAUGCUUCUGAUGAGCAGUACCUUGGACAGAGAGGAGAUGGCGACAACUGGACCGCAGACACGGCGCCCAUUGAGGCCUUCAAGAGGUUUGGAAAGAAGUUGGUUGAGAUUGAGCAGAAACUGAUACAGAGGAACAACGAUGAGAGGUUGAGGAAUCGUUAUGGGCCAGCACAGAUGCCGUACACUCUGCUUUAUCCUUCAAGUGAGGAAGGGUUGACCUUCAGAGGCAUUCCAAACAGUAUAUCCAUUUAAGGGAGUUAUGGUUCUUGAGUAUUGUGGCUUAAAUAAGAAGAAAAUUUAUUUCUUCAUUGAGUAUUAUUGUUAUCCUGUGUGUUUCAGAGAUAUCAUGUCAGUGUAUUGAUAAGAUAAGAACUAUACUAUGCUUGUAACAUGGUUGGUAUAUUCAUAUAUGAACUACUAUCUUCUUCGAUCA